AUGGAGUCAAAGAAUCUUCUUGACGAGUUCCUCUUCAGAUAUGGCAAGUGGCUUGGGUUACAGGUGAGAGCUGUAGAUGACCUGAGCGAGUUCUUGGUCAAUGCGACGGUGACCGAGACCGAGAAGAUCUUGCUUGAAGGUAUCGAUGAGAUUACUUGUCUAGCCCGGUAUUUUGGUGGUGCCAUUGAACCGUUACGAGCAGGUGUGCUAGCGGUCUUGGACGUGGAGUCGGACAAGGUGCUCUACUUUGAAUCGCUGGCACUACCGUUUGGAGCAACGAGCGCUGUCACAGGCUUUAAUAGAGCUGGACGAGCUUUGCGAAUGAUUAUGAGUCGCUUGCUGUUUCUGACCAAUACAAGCUUUUUCGAUGACUAUUGCCAAAUGGAGGUUGCGCCUCUUGCUGAGUCGGCUGAUUCUUCUGCGUUGGAGCUGAUGAGCUUACUCGGGUGGCAAGUGUCUACGGGUGAUAAGCUUAAGAAAUUUUCCUCUACCUUCAACAUGCUUGGUGCUACGAUCUCCUUCGAUGAGCUUCCCAAAGGUUUUGUCAACGUCUCGAACAAGCCGGGGAGGAUUGAAGACAUCGAGAAGUUAGCUAAAGAUUUGGAGGCUCGCGGCCCAAAGGGAGUCGAUGUGCUGUCGUCGCUGAAGGGCAAGCUUCUGUAUGCGGCGGGACACGUCUUUGGGAAGUGUGCUCAGAUUGCAACCCAACUGAUCCGGCAUUAUGAGAGCUGCGGGUCAAAGUCGGCUGACUUCGAGUCUUUGUGUCGUGCUAUUCGGUUGGCCAUAGGCACGUUGAAGGAAGCCGGCCCGAGGAGGAUAUCUUUGUGGUCGGAGCAGCCUCCGAUCGUCAUCUUUUCGGAUGGAGCGCACGAAUCCGACCUUGUCACACAUGGCGCGGUGGUCGUCGAUCAGGCCACUGGGCUCAAGGAGGUGUUCGGAGAUAGAGUUCCGGACGACGUCGUCACCGGGUGGCGACAGUCUGGUCGCAGACAACUGAUCUUCUUUGCGGAGCUCUUCCCGGUGCUUGUCGCCAAAAGAACUUGGGCGGACAGGCUUCGGAAUCGUCGUGUAUUGCUCUUCGUAGACAACCAAGCAGCGAAGUCAGCUCUGAGUCGGGGAUACUCACCUUUGGUUGAUGCUUCAAAGGUUCUGGCCGACAUUUUCGAGCUUGAUGUCCGGCUGGGUUGCUUGACUUGGGUUUGCUGGGUGCCCUCCAAGAGCAACGUUGCAGAUGCAGCAUCCAAGCCUCCGGCUCAAAUUUGUUUGUAG